AUGAAACUUUUCAUAACUUUUUCAAUAUACUGUUUCAUUUUCUUCAUAUCUUCUGAUGCCGGAAGAAUCUGGCACAAAUCGGAUCUUCCGCAGUUCAGACCAAAAAAGGAAGAUUCUUUUGAACCAACUUCUACAGGACCGCGGAAUCGAAUAAUGGAUUGGAAGAAAAGUUUGGCAUUCGAGAAAGUCACGAAGGAUAGUAAUGUGUUCUGUAGGGUCUACGGACUAUGCUCUCACUAUUCAUUUGGUGUAACCCUUUUGAAUGUUCUUGCAAAAUGGAAGGAACGUGGAAUGAUCUACCCGUAUAAGAAGUAUGAUGGGAAGCCAGAUGCCGACAUACCAAUGCCGAAAUUGGAGAAUUUCGUUCGCACUUUCCACAAUAGUCAAGCACGGAGGAACAAUCAAUUGAGCUAA